AUGGGCUACAAGUCAAAUUUUAGGAACACGUUUCUGGUAGACGUACUCGAAAGAGCUGGCUUGGUCAAGCUUGAACCAAAUUUCUUGGAGCAGGCUGUUUCAUCAGAUGGUUCUAAUGGGAGCAAGGAUUCCGAGGAUCUGGAGGCUUUCGCAGAGUCCGGUUCUGUGCAUCACACUAACUUUGAUGAAAAAGAUCCGUUUUUAGUUGACUGGAAUGGCCCAAAUGACACAGAAAACCCUUUGAACUGGGGCCGUGGUAAGAAAGGAUUGGUGGUUUUUGAAAUGAUGCUGCUUACGUGCGCUACGUACAUGGGGGCAUCGAUUUACACACCUGGUCAGCAGGCCAUUCAGGAAGAGUUCAAAGUUGGCCAUGUUGUGGGAACCCUCAAUUUGUCACUGUACGUGCUGGGCUAUGGUCUCGGACCAAUUAUAUUUUCCCCUCUUUCUGAAGUUGCCAGUAUCGGUCGUCAGCAAAUUUAUAUCAUUACGCUAUUCUUUUUCAUGAUUUUCCAAGUUGGUGCAGCUACGGUUCAUAACAUUGGAGGCUUGAUAGUCAUUAGAUUUAUAUCUGGUGUACUCUGCUCUCCUUCUCUGGCAACCGGCGGCGGUACUAUGGGUGACAUUAUCAGACCUGAAAUAGUGUCAGUUUUCAUUGGAUUAUGGGCCAUUGGUGCAGUUGCAGCGCCGGUAGUUGCUCCUCUUUUAGGGGCAGCAAUGGUUGUGGCUAAAAACUGGAGGUACGUUUUUUGGCUGCUCAUGUGGAUUAGUGCCACAACCUUAAUACUGCUGGUUGUGUUUUUCCCAGAAACCCAGCACCAAAAUAUCCUACACAGACGUGCUGUUCGCAUGAGAAAGCAGACAGGUGAUAGCCGGUACUAUACCAAACAGGAACGGAUCGACUCUGAAAUAAAGCCCAAAGCCUUCAUGAAAGAGGUCUUUAUACGCCCCUUUUUGAUAAUGGCUCUAGAGCCAGCAGUCCUCGCAUUUGACAUCUACAUCGCCGUGUGUUACGGUGCAUUUUACCUCUUUUUUGAAGCCUUUCCAAUUGUAUUUAUCGGCAUUUACAAUUUUACCUUGGUGGAAAUGGGGUUGGCUUAUAUGGGAUUCUGCGUGGGUUGUGUGAUUGCAUAUAUCGCUCUUUUGAUAUACCUUGCCACAUACAUCGGUCCCAAAUUUAAGAAUGGUACCUUCAAGCCCGAAGACUUUCUCCCUCUAUCAAUGGCUGUCUGCUGGGCUUUGCCGUUUUCGUUGUUCCUCUUCGGGUGGGCUGCUCGAGUUCACUGGAUAGUACCCAUCAUCGCAGAAGGGUUUUUUGUUUUGAACGUUUUUAACUUGUUCCAGUCUGCAUUUGCAUAUUUGGCGAUAAGCUAUCCGCGAUAUAUUGCUUCUGUUUUUGCCAGCAACGGUUUUUGCCGUUCAGUUUUUGCUUGUGCGUUUCCACUGUUUGGUACGGCAAUGUACAACAAUUUAGGCAGCGAAAAAUACCCAGUUGCAUGGGGAUCAUCUAUCAUUGGCUUUUUUUCUAUCGCACUGGCAAUUAUUCCAUUUGUGUUUUACAAGUAUGGACCCCAGAUGCGAGGCAGAUCUCGCUACGCAAAUUAG